AUUGAUCUGACUUCUCUAGUCCCUCUUCCUGACAGCAAAGAUCAUCUGUUAUAUUAUAUCAACACAACAACCCAAGACUCCACCUACCAAAUCCUCAACACAACAACCCAAGACUCCACCUACCAAAUCCUCAACACAACAACCCAAGACUCCACCUACCAAACCCUCAACACAACAACCCAAGACUCCACCUACCAAACCCUCAACACAACAACCCAAGACUCCACCUACCAAACCCUCAACACAACAACCCAAGACUCCACCUACCAAACCCUCAACACAACAACCCAAGACUCCACCUACCAAACCCUCAACACAACAACCCAAGACUCCACCUACCAAACCCUCAACACAACAACCCAAGACUUCACCUACCAAACCCUCAAUACAACAACCCAAGACUCCACCUACAAAACAACCCAAGACUCCACCUACCAAACCCUCAACACAGCAACCCAAGACACCACCUACCAAACCCUCAAUACAACAACCCAAGACUCCACCUACAAAACAACCCAAGACUCCACCUACCAAACCCCCAACACAACAACCCAAGACACCACCUACCAAACCCUCAACACAACAACCCAAGACUCCACCUACCAAGCCCUCAACACAACAACCCAAGACUCCACCUACCAAACCCCCAACACAACAACCCAAGACUCCACCUACCAAACCCUCAACACAACAACCCAAGACUUCACCUACAAAACAACCCAAGACUCCACCUACCAAAUCCUCAACACAACAACCCAAGACUUCACCUACCAAACCCUCAAUACAACAACCCAAGACUCCACCUACCAAACCCCCAACACAACAACCCAAGACUCCACCUACCAAACCCCCAACACAACAACCCAAGACUCCACCUACCAAACCCCCAACACAACAACCCAAGACUUCACCUACCAAACCCUCAACACAACAACCCAAGACUCCACCUACCAAACCCCCAACACAACAACCCAAGACUCCACCUACCAAACCCUCAACACAACAACCCAAGACUUCACCUACAAAACAACCCAAGACUCCACCUACCAAAUCCUCAACACAACAACCCAAGACUCAACAAACCCUCAACAACAACCAGACUCACCUACAAAACAAGCCCACCUCAACACAACAACCCAAGACUCCACCUACCAAACCCUCAACACAACAACCCAAGACUCCACCUACCAAGCCCUCAACACAACAGACCCAAAUUAG